AUGGAUCACAUCCCAAAGCCAGCUCAUCCGGUUCGGGAACGGCUUAAAGUCCCUCUGCUCAGCCUCCAAAAUUACGACGGUUACGGAGAUAUCAUGAAUUAUCCAGAAAGUCAAGACUGGACACCUCGACCUUACCGAGAAUGGAUGAGACUGUUUCAAAACCCACCAGAACAUUUCCAGGCAUUUAUACAGCGCUGGCUCUAUUUUGGGACCUUGCAAACAGUUCUCAGCUGCCAUGUCGACGUGCUUCGAGACUUCGCAGUUUGGGUACCAGGGAAUGAAAUCCCGUUCCUGACCACUCGUCGCCUCAUGGAAUUACUUGAAAAUGCUCGCAACUUUCACGGAAUCACCCAGAUGGCAAAAGGGAUUGAUCUGAUAAUAUUCGCCGUGGCCAAGGAAUUCGGAAACAUUAAGAACCAUGUUUAUCCUCCGGAUCCUGAGCAAGUACUACACUUAUCACAUGCUAUCCGACAGGGUCAAAUGUCGAUCGCUCUUGAUUCCAGAAUCUCUGCAAGCAUGCUUAUAUUAACCGAAUUGCUCCCGGAUGCGCUCUCAUACGCUUAUAUUGAUCGCACGACACAAAUGAGCUCGAGGGAACAGUACGAAGGACGUAUGAAAUUGGUCCAGGAGAUCCAAGGUUCAAAAACCGGUGCGGCCCUCGGCGACAGCUUCUUCUGGAGAAUUCUAAGGGAAACUGGAUGGUGUCCUUUUGAGGUAUCAUUCAUGUUCGCGCGAUUUAACGUCUGCGGGCUUUUAUUCGCGUAUGAGCUUGCUCGUCCAGGCCCUUCACAGACACACAACGUUAUAAGAAUUCGAAGCCACCAAGCUGGUCGACGUGUUUGCCAGCCUCCUGACUACCAGUCGCUAUGUACGUCGUAUACUUGCGUGCACAGGGUACUAGAAAAAAACACGUAUAGCACGGCCCAUGUAAAAGGUUGUCAUGGUUGUCACGACGUGUCGGCCGACACUGGGGAACUUUGCAGCAUCCUGGAAAACGAAACAAUUCCUCUUAUCCUAUCUAUUGAUGAGAACGACAUCUCAGAUAAAAUUCACUUAGUGCCCUGGGACGGGGAUUCUUCUUACGUGGCGAUAUCUCACGUUUGGUCUGAUGGGCUUGGAAAUGUCCGCGACAACUCACUGCCGCAUUGCCAACUCAAACGACUAAGUACAAUGGUCCGCAAUCUAGUCGGCAAGGCUUCCAAUACUGUACUACUAUGGUUGGAUACGAUUUGUGUCCCUCAAUUCCAAGGAGCUCCGAGCCUGGAACAAAAGGCGGCGAAAAGGCUCGCAAUCAAGAAAAUGAGACGAACGUAUCAAGACUGUAAAGCCGCCCUCGUUCUUGACUCUUGGCUUCUCUCAACUUCCAGCGGAGAUAUCCCUAACUAUGAGAUUUUAAUGCGCGUGUUCUCAUGUGCUUGGAACUCUCGUCUGUGGACAUACCAAGAAGGAGCUCUCCCACCGACUGUCUACUUCCACUUCGCAGACAAAGCACAUGAUCUCGAUGCUCUUAUAAAGCCCUUUUCAUCUUCAUUGGGAAUGGGGAUGUACUGCACUCUAGGUGGCCGGUUGAUUCGGCAAUAUAACAACUUGCGACACUUUCGAAAAAUCACUGAGAGCAAAGCCAACCAACUUGCGUCCGUCAUAAACGCCAUGAACUGUCGCACUACAUCAGUGUCAACGGACGAGGCGAUAUGCCUUGGGACGCUUUUAGAGCUCGAUUUAGCAAAAAUCUUGGACGAAAAAAAUCCGAAGAACAGGAUGCAGGCCUUUUGGAAGCAGCUCAAAGAAAUACCUGGAGAUGUCUUGCAGUACAGUGGGCCAAAGCUGGAUACGCAAGGGCUAGGCUGGGCCCCUCAGUCACUUUUGCUCUCUCGAGACCAUGAAGCACCGGAAACACCGGAUAUUCCAGUAAUACUCGAUAGCAACUGGUCCAGCAAGUCGUUAACCCGAACUGAUAACGGACUAAUACUGGAAUCAAGAGCAACCGUCAUCAACUGCGGGCAUUGCCGCCUUGGCAGAACCUUCUCUGUUAAGGACCAAGAUGGGUUCUGGUCCGAAUAUCAGAUUUACUAUGAUCACCCUCUGAAGACAAAAGGAUACUAUUCUGAAAAAAACUGCUAUAUUGUACCCCAUCAGUUCUACGGAGAUGGUCAAGUUGCGGUUUUGUUUGUGGAUGUAUACUCUUCAAAUAAUCAUGAAAGGGCGACAUCUUCCGCGGACCUUGGAUAUCUGGUAGUGAUGAAAGAGGAGUCUACAGAAGCAAAAUUUGUUGAAAAGGUGGGCGUCGCUAUUUUGCGUCGGCUAGAUGAUUUUCGGGACCAGCACGAUUUGUCGAGCCUGCGAAAACUAUGUCCUUUCCAGUACUCAUUUGAGGCGGAGCAAUAUGUUCAUGAUAAGUACAAGGGUCACUUGCUUUUUGGGUUUCAAGACUUGGAAUACCGGAAGUGGGUUAUUACAUAG